AUGGACCGCUUCAUCCAUUUUCACUAUAUCCUUGUUGAACUAACGGAGCGACUGCCUUCUGUAAAUAUUAUCCAGCAUAAUUGUCUUCCCCCAAGACUUACAAAUCCUCUUAAACGUCUCCUUCACCAUAUAUGUAUUGGAACCCCCAUCAUUUCUAUCCACGCCCAGAAGAGAACAGAGAAUGAGAGAAGACUGAAGCUGAACCCUCCACGCCCGAACCCUAGCCUGCCACCGCCCCCUCCUUCGUCGCCGCGGUCACCGGUCAACAGCGCAACCGCCGUCGCCUGGUCGUCAGCCCAAGUAACCCUCCUUCUUCGCCUGGUUCCCUGCCCAGUAGCCAGCCGUCUGCCUCGUCUUCAUCUGCCCCGUCCCAUCGUCUUCAUCGUCGCGCGGGUGGGAAUGAAGGUGAAGAUCAUCCCACCGAAGCAGAUUUGCAACAAGUUCUUGCGGAUUUUGAUUGAUAAACCAUGAUGUUGGGAUUUAAUAUUUAGAUAUGCUUUUAUUACUAUUUAACUUUUGAGUUUGGAUUUUGAUAAGAUCAUAUGUAUUUGGUUGAUGAUAUUUUAUGUAGUGUUUUAAAUUUCGAAGAUAUUUUAAGAUUUAUAUCAGACUAUAAUUAUAUUUUAGGAUGUGUAUUUAUAAUUUAUUUAUUAUUCUACUCUAAACGGUUUUUCCGGUUGAACCACCGGUUGAACCGGUUAGACCAAUGAACUAGUGAACCAGUGACUAGAGCGAUUUGAUGACCGGUCCGGUUUUCUGAACCUUGGUAGAGACUAUGAUAGAUUAGGAGUGUAUAAUAUAGAGGAGUGAAGUCAUCGAUUAGUUUCGUGUAAAUUAUAUAAAUUAUUUACUCUUUUAAUCCUAUUAAUUCACAUUGUUCACACAUUAUUCAAAAA